AUGGCAGAAUCUGAGGCGAUCUGUGGAAUGGCCCACAAUGCUGGGCCUGAUGAGAAGAUGCAGGUGUUGUGGGACAUGGGCAACCACCUGCAAAUCUGUUCCAUCAGGGCCACAAGUACCUCGACCACUAGCCACUAUGCAGCAGUGCUGCUGAGAUCAGGUCGGUUCUACACAAUGAAAUAUAAGCAGGUGGACCUAAAGAACCCAAACAAUGACUGAUUCAUCCUUUCAAAGGGACUACCAUUUGUAAAUGUGGCAAUGGGAUGGUCUGGGCAAGGACUAGGGCUGUUUGGGAUGGCAUAUACUGGCAAGUAUUUUGACCAAGCCAUCACAGGUCCUUACUGUUUCUUGCCACCGGGUGUUUUGUCUUCUGGUGAUAGGGAGUCCAUAGACGGUUCUGUCUGGGAGACAUUGCCCUUUGCAUUCUACUACAGUCUGGACAAUAUCGUAGCAAUAUUUGAUGUGAACCACAUUGGACACCAUGGCUCCAUGUCAUUUGAGCAAUGCAUUGCUUUCUACCAGAAGCGUUGUGAAGCCUUUGGGUGAAAUACUUAUGUGGUGGGUGGCCAUGAUGUGAAGACCCUAUACCAUGUGUUCUCACAGGCAUCUCAAGUGAGAGGCAAGCCCACUGCUGUGAUUGUUAAGACCUUCAAGACCCAAGACAUGCCUAGUGAUGACAACCCCUACCACAUGGCCCUGGAAGACCUGGACAUGUUCAGAGCAAUUCCCAACUGCACUGUUUUCUAUCCAAGUGAGGCCAUCUCCACAGAGCAUGCUGUUUAUUUGGCAGCCAAUACUAAAGAAAUGGGUUUCAUACGUACCAGCCAAACAGAAACUGCAGUUAUUUACACUACACAAGAAACAUUUCAGAUUAUACAGGUCUAGGUUGUCUGCCACAGUGACAAUGACAAGGUCACAAUUAUUGGAGAAUGAGUAACUCUGUAUGAAGCCCUAGUGGCUGUUGAUGAGCUCUCUAAAGAAGUUUAUGACAUUGGGGAAGCUGUCUGUGCAGUGGUCUCAACUAACAUCAUAGUUCAUCAGUUGCCUCAGAGUGGGAGAUCCAGUGAAGCACUAGAAUUUUCUGGAAUCAGUGCCAGACACAUCUGUAAAAUGCAUCUGUGUAUUUAUACUUGUACCAAAACCAUCACUUAG